AUGGCGGCCCUGCGCAAAGACAACCGAAAAUUCAAGGCCAUUCUCAGGGAUAGGCUGGGCGAGCGGGCGCAGCAAGUGGUUUUCGAUUGCACUUCAGAGUUGUCUCGACAAGUCACAGCCGGCAGCAUGGAGGACGCCGAGGGAACCGACGGGGCCGUAACGAUGACGAUGGUGAUGAUGGACGUGCAAGCUGAUGCAGAAUUCGCCGCUGCGGCGAAGGGCGGGGAGGAUAAGGAUACGGGGGCGAGCAAACGCGGCGGCGGCGGCGGCGGUGGUGGUGGUGGCGGCGCCGGCGCUUCCACGCGGGGUCUUAGCAGGCCCGAUUACCGCCUCAUGAAGAGCAUCGAGAUGGCGCAGCAGAAUUUCGUGGUAACGGAGCCCUCGUUGGCGGACAAUCCCAUCGUCUUCGCAAGCGACGGGUUCUUCAAGCUCACCGGUUACACUAGCAAGGAGGGCGCAACUGCCAGGUUCUUGCAAGGCCCCGACACGGACAGAAAGUCCAUCGCUACCCUGCGACAGGCGAUUACGAGGGGGGAGGACGUGUCUGUUUGUCUCCUCAACUACAAGGCCGACGGCACCACCUUCUGGAACCAGUUCUUCGUCGCCGCCCUCCGGGACGAUCAGCACAGGAUAGUCAACUACGUGGGGGCUCAGUGUGUCGUGCCCUACCCCCCCCCCCCGGGCCCGCCUCGGGAAUCCGCUGCCGGCGCGGUGGCGGCAGCAGCGGCGGCGGAAUCCACCCGCGGCGGCAAAAGCGGCGGCGGCAGCGGUAGUGGCG